AUGUCAUUUAUCGCCAGAAGACAAUUAUCAACUUUAAUUCCUCCAAAGAUUGCCUCCGUUAAAAACAUCGGAGAAAAUCCAAAUGCUAAAAGAAUGGGAGAAUUAGUUUCUUUCUACAAAAAAUUACCAACUGGUCCAGCUCCAGCUGCUAAAAAACCAAUCAACCCAUUCUUAAGAUAUAAAGCUGCUUACUUCGAUGGUAACAAUGCUUCAGGUAAACCAUUGGUUCACUUUGCUGCUUUCAUUUUAAUCUUAGGUUACACUUGGGAAUACCAAACUCAUUUAAAACACCACCAUUAA